GAAAAAAACAAAACAAAAAUAGCUUACGCGUCGUUCGGUCGAUGAAUGAAUGAAAGAGCGUUUUUCCACCUUAAUUCUCUCAUUUUCAGUUUACUGUUCAGCGUUGACUACGGCUGGUGUGUAGCUUAGUUUGUUAGUAGAAUUUUCAUGAAAUUAAUUAAAUUUCGAACAUAAAAUUAAAUCCGACGGUGACCUGUGUGCGUGUACGUGUACGUGUGUGUACCCGAGCGAGGAAUAUAUUCAUUCGCAGUGUAGAUAUGUACGUGAUAGCACGCUUGUUAUCAAGGAAUUUCUUCAUAUUUCUGUUGAACGUUGCAUUCGUCUGUUGCUAUCUCGAUGGUGCGGAUGUGUUACAGAACACUGACGAUGAGAGUUUGAAUGCUAUUCGAAUAACGGGAUUACGCGUGGAAAACAAUGAGGCUGAAGUGUCGUACAGCGAUAGAACGGUGCCUGAGUUGAUAGAAAAUACAAAGGCCACGCUGAGAUUGUUCGGUUAUGGAUUCACCAAUGGCACGGUGAUAAUGUUCACCCAAUCGUCUUGUCAGGCCACCAUCCACCAAGAGUAUUCCGUACUCGAAAGAGGUCUUUCCGAAUUCAGUUCACUGGUGGACAUCGUCGUACCACCAGCCAACGAUCAGGAUUACCGUAUAUGCGCAAGGAAUGGGAAAGACUAUGUGACGGUGCAAGGGAAUCAAAAUUGGCUGCUGAUAAGAAGCAACAAAGUGAAGGUGCCGCUUUGGUUGACUGUCAUUGUCAUUGCGGUGUGCCUUGUAUUCUCAGCACUGUUUUCUGGUCUGAAUUUGGGACUGAUGGCGUUGGACAAGACGGAGCUUAAGAUUCUUAUCAAUACGGGGACCAAAAGCGAACGGAAAUAUGCGAAGAUCAUUCAGCCGGUUCGCAACCUCGGCAACUUUUUGCUGUGCAGUAUUCUGUUGGGCAAUGUUAUGGUGAACGCAACCAAUGCGGCUCUGAUGGGCGGCCUGACAUCCGGUCUGUUUGCGGUCAUAUUUUCCACCAUGCUGAUUGUGGUAUUCGGUGAGGUCAUACCACAAGCUAUAUGCUCUCGCCACGGUUUGCUGGUGGGCGCUAAGACCAUUUAUAUCACGAAAUUGAUUAUGGUGCUGACAUCUCCGUUGGCUUACCCGAUAUCGAAAGUGUUGGAUUACCUUCUAGGCGAAGAGAUCGGAAAUGUGUACAGCCGAGAGAGAUUAAAGGAACUGGUACGUGUCACGACUGAUGGCAACGAUUUGGACAGGGACGAGGUGAACAUCAUUUCGGGCGCCUUAGACAUGAAAAAGAAAACCGUCGCUGAAUCGAUGACCAGGAUUGAAGACGUGUUCAUGCUGUCGUACGACGCAAUCUUAGACUUUGAGACCAUUUCCGAAAUAAUGAAGUCGGGCUACUCUCGGAUUCCCGUGUACGAAGGCAGUCGGCACAAUGUCCAGAAACUGCUGCUGAUUAAAGAUCUGGCACUGAUCGAUCCGGACGAUAAUACUCCGCUGCGUACGGUCUGCGAGUUCUACCAAAAUUAUUGUUACUUCGUGUUCGAGGAUGUGACACUAGCUGCCGUGUUCCGUCAAUUCAAGACCGGUCAACACGGUCACAUGGCAUUUGUGCGACGCAUCAGCAACGAUGGAGAUCCGUACAGCGAAACGAUUGGCCUCAUAACACUGGAGGAUGUCAUUGAGGAGCUCAUUCAAGCGGAGAUCAUGGACGAAACGGACAUCACCAGCAAUCAACUAGUGAUGCCGAAACAUCAACCUCACUUCGAAAAGACCGAAUAUGCAGCGUUUGCUGAGCGCCGUGAACGCAUUUACAUUACGUCACAACUAUCUUCGGCCAGCUUUCAGUAUCUCAGCACAUAUGUGGACGCAUUCAAACCGGAACUCGUGUCACCGACAAUAUUACAUCGAUUACUGAAGCAGGACGUAAUCUACCAAAUCAAAUGCAAGGGGAAAGAUAAGAACGAUCCGUCGCUCGUCAUUUUCGAACAAGGCAAACCGGCCGAUUAUUUCCUACUGAUUCUGGAGGGUCGUGUCGAAGUUAUUGUCGGCACCGAAGGCCUGACAUUUGAAUGUGGACCGUUCACGUUUUUCGGCAGCGAUGCGUUGGUGCAAAAUAUUGGUGGUGUUGAGCACAAGGAGAGUAUCCGCAGCAUUGAGCGCAAAAAGAGUAUUCGUAUUAGCGAGCCCAAAGAGAACAUUCGAGGAUCGUUGCAGUCGUUGAAUAUGAAUGCAAUUAUGAAGCACGCCUUCGAGCCGGACUAUACCGUGAAGGCAAUCAAGGAUGUCCUUUACAUCGCAAUCAAACGCAAUCUGUACUUGGCUGCAUUACGGGCCACAUUAAUGGAAAAGUCACAAAAAAUGGACGACGGUGGAGGAAACGAAGUGAUUGACGAUGACGUUAAAAUCUUUCUGAACUCGUUGCAGGACGAUUACAGACAAAUGAAAGCAAACGAAGCGGCGAAUGCCCUCAGCAAGACUCUGUCCAUCAAGUCACACUCUCCGACGGGAUUGCAACUGGAAGACAUAAGCGUUGGCCGUGAGCCGGAAAGUAAACCCGAACAUAUGUUGUUACCUCCACACAUUUAGAACACUCGGAACGCGAUUCUGAAUAAAUAUUUUCCCAUUUGCUUACACACA